CGGAGCGGAGACGGCAACAGAAUCUCCAAGCGCAAAGAAAGUACCGUAAGUGUGGGUCUUCUCUGGCAUCGGGAUGUCAGCAGCCUAUAGAUUAUGGGGACUAGGAUCUCGGGAACACCAAAAUUAAUUGCUGGCUUAGGAGAAAGGCUCCGUGAGCGCAUGAGUCGUCUCGAGGCACUUGCACCGUCUACUAAGCAGGACCAAACUGUUGAAAAACCGCCGGUAGCAGGCCCCGACUCAGCCCUUAGCCCAUAUGGUAAUCCGAUCCAUAUUGUCGGGCAUAGUCUCCCAACCUAUCAUGCUUCAGAUGCAUCUGUUUCUAGUUCAUCUGUGGCAACUCCCAGGGAGGAUCAACAACUUAUUGCACCCUCGGAUGACACCCUCUCACUGAACAUGUGGGAUUAUACCACACUGGCUUCGCAUUCAGACGAUCUCUCAUCAUCGCCGUGUAUAUGGAACUCUACCUCACAGGCUCCACGGCCAAAUGACACCUCAGUAGCGCUAAGCAUAUGGGGCUCUCCCACAUACAUCGACCCUUCUCUUCUCGUCUCCGACAAGCACAGCAACGACCAUGACCCAUACUGGACAACCACCAUCGAAUGCGGCUGCUCCAGCCCACACGUCCAGAUACGGACCCAAGGGCCUAACUCAUUCCGCUAUGGCGGCUUCAAGAUACUCCAAUUAGCACCGGGCGCACCAUCGGCAGAUCCAUACGCCAACAACCUCCGCAUCGAAACAGUCUGCAACAUCACCGCUCUGCGCAGUAUCGGAAUGCACAUCGGCGUAUCCGAGGAGAUGCUCUGCGCCGACGAAUCCUUCUCCCCAUUUUUCCGGUCCAGCGCACACUCAACAGACGAGCUAGCCAAAUCAAACAUGAUCGGCGCCGUGCAGCGAAUCUUCAAGACCCUCAAACCGGACUUACGACCAAGCAGAGAACAAAUCACCGUCCAGCAUCAUCCGUAUAUCGAUAUCCUGCCCUUUCCGACGUUGCGGAAAAACCUCAUUACCCGUCCCGGGGAAUUCGAUGAAGAUGAGUUCUUCCACGACAUUAUUACUGGCCUGGUAUGUUGGGGAGGUGCAGGUCUCGGGAGGAGGGAUCGGCAGGAGUCUACGGGGUUUGCGUCGUCGGGUACGCCGUGGGAUGUCCGCAGCUGGGAGGCAAGGGUGUGGUUUUUGAAGAAGUAUUGGCGUUUGUUGGGUGGGGAAGAUGGUGAGCUUGUACGCCAGAGCGAGUGGUGGCGCGGUAUUAGAGGGGAUGAUGAUGCGUUGGAUGUGGAGGGUGAUGACUAGGAGUGGAAUUUGUGGAUCUUAUGCUGUUGCUAAGCUUCUUGAUUUAGGCUGUCGAGACGCUUCAGGAUCUGUAUACAAGGGUCGGCCCGACCGUAAUGUUGAUAUGGGCAAUAUAAUUGUUACAAAGUAUGCUAUCACACUACACAACGA